UGGGAAUUUUCAUGCGACAUUGGAUUAAAUAAAGAUCAAAUUAAAUCCAAUUGGAUAAUGGCAUUGCCAAAAUUAUGUGAUUAUUUCUUGCCAAAGACAUUACAUGUUGAAACACUAACACAGGAUCAACUGACGGUUCUUAUUCUACAAAAGGCGACAGAGACAUUCAAACCGAGAACUACGUCGAUGCAACGAAGCGACGCAAGAAAUAUUGUUCAACUUUUCCAAGCUGGUACAAGUGUCGAGGAAACAAAACCGAAAGCUAAUGAACCACCACGUUUAAUUGCUAUUGGAAAUAUUGAUGCUCCAAAUUUAACAUUUUCGGUUUAUGCCGAUCAACAUGCAAUGUUUGUGGUUUCAGCAGUUGAAUCUUUGAUUCAUUUAUAUGCAUUGUUUUAGGUAUUCAAUAUUGAGUAUGCCGCUGAGGCUAAAAUAUUGUAUACUUUUAUUUCCGCUAUUUUAUUACAGAGAAGAGUUUCUCAAUAUUAUUCGAAAUACAAAAUUAUUUUGAACAUUCUAAAGCAAAUGCAAUUGUUUUAAAAAUGACAAAAAAG